AUGCCCUUUUCAGCACUUCCCCCGGAAAUUGUUCACGAGAUUCUCACUGCGGCAGUCAAAGUACGCGACAUUCAACGUGCUACUCGCUUGCGACACGUAAGUAGGUCGUGGGCAGCCGCUGUCCCGGAAGCCAUAUUCGCAUCGGGGAUUCUUGAUAGCGACCCGCGUUCCAUGUCCUCUCAUAGUCUAUACUAUAAGCCACGUUACCUUGCGUACAGAGUUUUGAGCAGAGCCCAAAGUCUUUCACGGCCCUUGCGCAUUGUUCGAAAAGUUGCGGAAUAUCUCGUAGCACAUCGCAACCUGGAUACUUGUUACGAGGACGCCAUCAGAGACUGCGUCCACGACCUCUGCCGGAUACCCCACAUUGGAAUCAAUCACAAUUGUAGCCGCCAAGAAGAAGACUGGCUCACCGGGCCGUCGGCAGAGAGUAUCGAUGAAAACGAUAUGCAGUUCCAGCAAGCACUCCUCUCCGCAGCGGCUUGGGCGAAUGAAUUAGCUCUCAUUCGGCGUACCUUGCCGCUGUUUCAGAAUUGUCUAUACUUGAUCUCCCACGAUGGUUGGGGCGGAGAAUAUAGCUUUGAGUAG